CCUCAUCCCCUAAAAAUGUACGCCUACACCAAAUUCAUCUCCACCCCUUCCCUGGUCAGGAGCACCUCCCAGCUGCUGAGCCUGCCACUGUCUGUGUUGGUGGAGAAGCGGCCUGAGAUAUUGACAGACGAGUGCUUCAGCAGCUUGACAGCCCCACGUUCCCUGACCUCACUUAUCCCUAGUCGCAGCUUCCAAACCAGCACCGUCUCAAGGGACAUUGACACAGCCACCAAGUUCAUUGGGGCCGGAGCUGCCACAGUUGGAGUGGCAGGCUCUGGAGCUGGCAUUGGGACUGUGUUUGGGAGCCUCAUCAUUGAUUAUGCCAGGAACCCUUCUCUGAAGCAGCAACUCUUCUCCUACGCCAUCCUGGGCUUUGGCCUUUUCUGCUUGAUGGUGGCCUUCCUCAUCCUCUUCGCCACGUGA